UGUCGGUGUUCGGCCCACGGCUGUGUACGCAUGCAAUGUUUUCAAUUCAUCUUGCACGUCCACGCAGGACACAUACGUGCCCGUGGAACCGUUUUGGAGCUGCUCGCCUCUUUCAGCAGCAUCCAGCUUUUGCUCCAUCUUCCGCCCCUGGUCUCUACUGUGGCUCCUUUUGCGUUGAUUUUGGAGGCAAUUUUACUCAGACUUUUUUGAAAAUUGUUUUUAUUUUUUUGCAAUGUCGGUGGUGGAAAUGGAAAAGAUUUUUGAUUUUGGAGGAUUUAAUUAUUUUCCAGCAGGUGACAAUGGAACUUUGCUGGAGUUCUUCAUGCCGAUGCCAGCAGGCACUGCGGCAGGUCUAGGAUGACUGGCAAGAGCCAGACCAGCAACGUGACCAACAAGAAUGACCCGCGCUCACUCAACUCACGUGUCUUCAUCGGCAACCUCAACACGGCGGUGGUGAGCAAGGCCGACAUCGAGGCCAUCUUCGCCAAGUACGGCAAGAUCGUGGGCUGCUCCGUGCACAAGGGUUACGCUUUCGUCCAGUAUUCCAGCGAGAGGAACGCCCGGGCGGCCGUGGGGGGCGAGAACAACAGAGUCAUUGCAGCACAGUCGUUAGACAUCAACAUGGCAGGAGAGCCCAAACCAUACUGGCCGAAGAUAGCCACCAAGAGGCCGCUGUCGUCACUCUACAGUGGCUACGAUUUUGAUUACGACUACUACAGAGAUGAUUUCUACAGCAGACUGUUUGAGUACCACGGUCGCGUGGUGCCGCCCGCCCGGGCCGUCGUCCCGGUCAAACGCUCUCGACUCGUGGUGCCGUCCGCCCCGCGCAGAGUCAAGUCCUCUUUCUCCGUCCGGGCCUGUUCUUCCCCUUCCUCUUCCUCCUCCUCCUCUUCCUCCAGGCUGGUCAACGUCCCAUCUUCUGUCACGGGACCCAAACUAAAGACAGAGCAGCUGCUGAGCAUAAAAAAGGAACUGUGGCAGAUCAAGACCAAGAUCGACUCCCUGCUGGGGAGGCUGGACAAAUUUGAGAGGCAGCAUGAGAUGCAGAGGAAAAAAGAGGAGGCGUGUGAGUGUCACCACGGCGAGCAGGCCAAUCACUCCGGCAGUGAGGACCUGGGGGCGGCGGCCGAGCCCGAGGCGGAGAUGUCGGAUGGCGCCAACGAUUACUUUGAGGACGAGGGCGCCGGUGACAUGGUGAGAUGUCAGCGCAAUGACAUCCAACGUAUACAACCUAUAGAGAACCACAUAUCAGAUAUCGACAACUGAAUAAGUCAAGCGAAGGGAAGCCUGUGGUGCACAAAGAUUGCAGAAGAGUUAUCCAGCACAGCCUCCGUGAUCCAGGAGGACUGUUUAAAAAUGAAAGCUUAGCAACAGAAGGAACCACUCGUUUGUUGCGUGUUUGCCUCAUCAGAGUAAAACAAAAAAAAAAAAACAUUGACACUCCUGAUGUUUGUCAUCCAAACUGCUGGUUUUGAACGGCAAGAUCAAGCGAAAAGAGCAUUCGACAACCGCUAACAUGUUUGUGCUUCAGCCAUUGUGCUCUGUAUUGUCUUUAACUCUGUUGUACAGCAAAUGUAUGUUGAAAAUAUGGAAUGUAAGAGGAACACUUCAUGUGCUUUGCUUUAAUUUGCUUGUACAGUCGUUUCGUCUCUCUCGCUCUCUUUGUCACGCACUACCCAUUAUACACUGUCCUCGAUACAUUCUGUCAACGAAAAGAUGAAUAUUUUUUACAAUCAGCAUGUAGUUAAAAAAAAAAAAAAGUGAGCAUCAUGGAUCAUUUGUAUUCAUUGCUUUGGUUCUACAGCUAUGGAUAAGAAGAGUUUUUGGAAUAAACCUAUUCCUCCUAAACAAGUCCCUUUCAUUAACAGGGUGCAUUUACUAUAUUUAUUAGGGUUUUUUUUUUAAA